GGUCGGUUGUUUUAUGUGGCGUGCGAUUCCUCUACAAACGUUUGAAUCUGAAUUCUGAAAAGAAAUUCCAUUGACUGUUGAAGACUUGAGGUGUGUGCUCAUGACCAACUUCCCUGUCGAGCACUUUCUAAAUACUGUCCGUUGUCCUCUCCCAUCCUGACGCUUGUUCACAGCUUCUACAAACACAGUGAAAUGUCGCUGUUCAUCCUGAUAACGCUGCCAUUAUUUCUAGAGGUGAAGACACAAGGUUUGCCUCAAGCCAAGCUGACAGUAUUUCCAGCAUCCGUUACUGAUGGAGAGCUGCGUUUGGUGUGCGAGGGGUUUGACAACAGGACAGUCUCUGAAUGUUUGUUCUACCCAUCGGGACAGGAGAACUUUACAACGCCAAGUGUGUCGUGUGAACUCUCUCUCACCGGCUCUGAACUCAUCACAUGGUCUGGAGAUGAGGAGAGUUCAUACGUAAACACAGUAUGUUAUUAUGCUGUCAGUGAAUUAGGAAAAUAUAUCACAUCAGAUCAUUCUGAUGAAGUCCCAGUGAGGGUCAGAGAUUCGACGGCCACAUCAUCUAUGUCACCAAUCAUAGACAACAUAUCAACCGUGACGUUCUCAAGUGAAACCUCUCAAGAAGAUUUGCCUGCCAUGUCAACUUCCUUCACAAUGGACAAUACAACAUAUAUGUCCAGCCCCAACACACCUAACAGUGACAUUUUAACAAAUGCUACAAAUGCAUUCCUGGAAUCUACAGCUGCAUCUAGUGCGAAACAACCUACCACAUCGGAAUCUUCAGUGAGCCAGCAGAGGGCACUCUCAUCCAGACUUCAGGAAACACCACAUUCCUAA